AUGUGGUGCAGACUGGGGCGGAUUGUCAGGAUGGAUCCUGCUCUUCUGAGGGAGCGGGAGCUGUUCAAGAGGAGAGCUUUGUCCACUCCGGCUGUUGAGAAAAGACCUGCUGCUUCUGACUCCAGUUCACACAAAAAGAAGAAACCCAAAGUUGAGAAGGACAGCUCCUCAGGAACCAAACACGGCUCCGAAUCCACAAAUGGCAUCAACAUUAAGACGAGCUCAGGCUACAAGUUCGGAUGCUUGGCCAAAAUAGUCAAUUAUAUGAAAACGAGGCAUCAGAAUGGGGACACUCACUUCCUGACACUAGAUGAAAUUCUGGAUGAGACCAAACUCCUCGACAUUGGCAUGAAGCAAAAACACUGGCUCAUGAAUGAGGCUCUUGUCAAUAAUCCAAAAAUUGAAGUUCGAGAUGGAACGUAUGGGUUUAAACCAAAGUACAACCUAAAAGACAAAAAGGCUCUUCUGAGGCUACUGGACAAACACGGGCAGCAGGGACUGGGGGGGAUUCUGCUGGACGACGUUGAGGAGGGCCUUCCCAACUCUGCCAAGGCCAUUAAGGCUUUGGGGGAUCAGAUCAUCUUUGUUACCAGGCCAGACAAAAAGAAGAUCCUCUUUUACAAUGACAAACACUGCCAGUUUAUUGUAGAUGAAGAGUUUCAGAAGCUGUGGAGAAGUGUUCCUGUUGAUUCAAUAGAUGAAGAAAAAAUUGAAGAGUAUUUAAAGAAACAAGGCAUUUCCUCAAUGCAAGAAACGGGACCAAAAAAAGUGUUACCAGUUCAGAGGAGGAAGAAGCAGAGUGGACAAAGGAAACGGCAGUUCAAGACUCACAACAAUCAUUUGGCUGGUGUUUUGGAGGACUAUUCAGAAGGUGUACCGGCCAAUAAGUGA